AUGGCGUGCCACGCGCACUGCCGACGCCUAACCCCCCUGGAGCGGCAUGCCAGGGAGCUGCGGCGUUCGGAUGCUGAAGGUACGGGCGAGAACGCUCCAAUGAACUUCCCAAUGUACACUGUGCCACUGGAAGAUCUUCUGCAAAUGACGGACAUCCAACCACACGAAGUCCUGCGGGCUCGUGAUGUUCUCGUCGAGUUCCACGAAAGCAGAGGAAAUGGCUUGUUCGUGUCGCACCAGUGGGUGGGUGCUGGCCAUCCAGAUCCAGACUUCAAGCAGUUGCAGGUGCUUCAAGGUGCCUUACGCCGUAUCAUGCAGAACGUGCACGGAAUACCUCCAGAUGUGCCCAGCCACGCAGUUUUCCCGGAUGCCAGAUCGUGGUCGACCGCAAAACUGCGGUCAUCCCCUCUGCUGGUGUGGUACGACUACUUCUCUUGCCCCCAGCUCGAGCAGAAGGAGUACUCCAGCCUUCACGGUGACGGUACGAGUAGUAGUCUGCUGCAAGCCAUCACUAGCAUCCCUGCCUACAUCGAGAGGUGCGCAUUUUUCUUCGUGCUAUGCCCAGUCAUCGAAUCUGCGACGAGCUCCAAACUUUUUAGCCGGCACUCCUGGAGUGAACGCGGCUGGUGUGCCGUCGAAAGAUUUUGCCGAGAGCUCUCUGAGGAUUCCUCCUACAUCUUCAUCAAGACCCCCACUGUCUUGGAGGUUUGCUUGUACACCAGGUCGCUGGUUGAGCCCCCGGGUGAAGGCAAGUUCUUGGUGGAGGCAGACCGCUCAAAGCUGGGUCCAGUGCUGCUGGGCGUGGUUCGGCGAAAGCUCCGGCACCUGCUGAAAAUCCGCGACUUCGUCGGCUACCGCUUGCUUUUGAACUCUCAAAAUGUUCUACUCAGAGGCUUUGGAAAGCUGGAGCUGACCUUCGAGCCAAUUGGCGGGUUUGAGCUAGACGACGGUAUGGAGCUCGAUGCUGCUGCCGUGGCCAUGUCAAGCUUCUGCUACCAGAAUGGGUUCACAUCGGUGAACGGGCUGGAUUCUGGCGGUCUUUCGCCGCUCCACUACGCAGCUUUGCGCGGUGACCGCUUUCUGAUUGGAAGCCUGCUGGCCCACAAAGCUGACCUCCACUGCAAAUCGCAAAAGGACAUUCCGCAGGCCUACAUCAUGCCCGGCCUCUCGCCGCUUGCAGUUGCCCUUAUGGUCAAGCACAACGAUGCUGCCUGUCUGCUGAUCUCAGCAAGGGCUGAGGUCAGUUCUUAUGAGAUGCAGAGUGCAAGUGGCGCUGACAACGCAGAAGGCAUCAGCCUGCUCUGCCAGGCAGGAUGUAGUCCGCAUCAACGUGGCCGCUUUGGUGUCCCCGCGAUUCUCUGUGCCGCACAAUGGUGCGCUUUGGACUCCAUGGGCGAGCUAAACUGUCUGUCAGACCGCACCAUUGACAUCAGCCAAGCGCUUUUCUAUGUCAUUAUCAGCUCAAGAUGCCGCGCAGAAGCUGUGCAAUGGUUGAUCGAAGCGAAAGCUGAUGUCGACGUCACGUACCAGAGUCCUCCAUUUCUGUCUAUCUAUGGACUCUUCCACGCUUUCAUGGACAUGCAGCACCGGCUGGGCAGAAUCUCACCUUGCUCAAGCGUGUGUUUUCAUACAGAAGGUCGGACUCCGUUGAUGACGGCUGCGAUGUUGGGGCAGUACGAAUCUGCUGCUGUUCUGAUCGCAGCAGGAGCGAAGCUAGCUGCUUGCACUGCGCGUGGUCUCUCAGCCGCUGACUUUGCACGCGGACAGUCUGUGCCAGAGUUCCUGACACAGGCGUUUGAGGGCAAUCUCAAUGGCUGCCGCCGAGUUGCUGCGCUGGCAAUUGACACUAGCAAACUUGUGGAGGAGCGGUUUUGA